AUGGAAGAUAGUGACGAUAGUGGUGAUGAAGCCAAGUUUAUUGCCACCGAGACUUUGGCUGCAAACCGUAAAAACAAAAAAUCAGGUGGCUUCCAAUCCAUGGGUCUUAGCCAUCCUAUUUACAAAGCUAUUCUUCACAAGGGAUUUAAGGUUCCUACUCCCAUUCAGCGUAGAUGUAUUCCUCUUGUGAUGCAGGGUGACGAUGUUGUGGGUAUGGCUCGUACAGGUUCCGGAAAGACCGCUGCUUUCCUGAUCCCUAUGUUGGAGCGCCUCAAGACUCACUCGGCCAAGGUUGGUGCUAGAGGUUUGGUACUUUCACCCUCCCGUGAACUGGCCCUCCAGACCCAAAAGGUCUGCAAGGAACUCGGAAAGUACACUGAUAUCCGCAGUUGCUCGCUUGUUGGUGGUGACAGUUUGGAUGAUCAGUUCAAUAUGAUUGCAAGCAACCCCGAUAUUCUGAUCGCUACUCCUGGUCGUUUGCUCCAUUUGGCUGUUGAAAUGGAACUGGAUUUGCGCACUAUCGAGUAUGUUGUUUUUGAUGAAGCUGAUCGUCUUUUCGAGAUGGGUUUUGCUGUCCAAUUACACGAAAUUCUUUCUCGCUUGCCUCCCAGUCGCCAGACUCUCCUUUUUUCUGCCACUCUUCCCAAGAUGUUGGUAGACUUUGCCAAGGCUGGUCUCCAAGAACCUACUCUCGUCCGUUUGGAUGUGGAUACCAAGAUCAGUAGAGAUCUUGAAAUGGCCUUCUUUGCAGUCAAGGAAGUCGAGAAGGAAGCUGCUCUUUUGUACCUGUUGCGCUCUGUGAUUAAGCUCCCUAAGAAACCUAUGGUAGAUGAUAGCGUGUUAUUUGACAAGAAGCACAAGAAAAAGCGCCAAGUUGCCACCGUUGAUGACCACCAGACAAUUCUCUUUGUGUCUACAAAGCAUCACGUCGAAUACCUUUCUACUAUUCUGACCAUGUCAGGCUACAAUGUGUCUUAUGUCUAUGGUUCUCUUGAUCAAACCGCACGUAACAUCCAAAUCACUCGUUUCCGUACUGGUAUUACCAACCUUUUGGUCGUAACAGAUGUUGCUGCUCGUGGUAUUGAUAUUCCCAUUCUUGAGAACGUCAUCAACUACGAUUUCAGCGGCUCAUCCAAGGUUUUCGUGCAUCGUGUCGGUCGUGCUGCUCGUGCCGGUCGUCGCGGUUGGGCUUAUUCUUUGGUCACAUCCGAGGAGUUGCCUUACCUAGUUGAUCUUGAACUCUUCUUGACCCGUCCUUUGGUGGUCGGAAGCUCGACUAAAAAGAAGCCUGAUUACACUACUGAGUUGGUGAUUGGUUCUUUGCCCAAGGACUCUUUGAACGAUGAUAUCUCGUGGGUGUUCCAACGUGUUGAGGAGGAUGCUGGUCUCCAGGGUCUCCAAAAGACCGCCAUUAAUGCAUUUGGACUUUAUAACCGUACUAAACCCCGUGCUGCUCCCGAGAGUUACACCCGUGCCAAAAAGGUGAUGAAGAGUGAAGCUUAUUUGGAAAUGCACCCCUUAUUAAUUAAUGAGGAAAACAGCAGUGCACCAGAACAGGAGCGCCUGGCUUUGAUUAACCAGAUUUCCGGGUUCCGUCCUGCUGAGACCAUCUUUGAGGUUGGUCAGCGUGGUAUCAAGAAGGCUACUGCUGGUACUCUUGUAAUGCGUCAGCGUAGAGAGACUGUCGGCAGCAUUAUUAAUGCACAGCGUACACAAAAAGCUGCCGCUAAAGCAGCAGAGCAGACCAAGGAGAAGGCUGAGGCAGAUAAAGAAGAUUUGGGUGAAGAUGUCGACGAAGAAGAACUUGCAUCAGCAUUUCACAUUCCCAGCAAGAAAGAGAAAAAAACCAAAACAUCUUACCGUGAUGAGCAAUUCUAUAUUGACUAUACUCAGAAGGAUGCUAACACUGAACGUGGUUACUCCAUGAACACCACCGGUAACUUUAUGGAACAAGCUGCCAAGGCCCAACUUGACUUGAUUGGUGAUGAAAACGAUACCAUGACCUCCAACAAGAACCAAUUGAGAUGGGAUGCCAAGAAGAAGAACUUCGUCAAGGGUAUGGGUAUUGGUUCAGACAACAAGAAGAUGAUCCGUACCGAAAGUGGUGCUUUGAUUUCGGCUUCGUUUAAGAGCGGACGAUUCAACGAAUGGAGUAAGAAGACACAUAUUGAUCUGCCCCGUGCUGGUGAGCAAGAGCUGGCAUCUGCACGCAACAUGAACCAGAAGAAGUUCCGUCAUCAACGUAACGACGAAGCUAAACCCCUUGAUCCUCUUGCUCUGGAUUACGACCGUAAGAUGAAGAAGCGCCAGACACCUAUGGGUCAGAAACGUGUUGGCGGUCGUAACGUACGCAGUGAAUUGAAGAACGCAAGUCAGAUCCGUAAGGGUCGUGUUGAAAAAGACAAAAGAAAGGAGAAGUCGAACCGCUCGCCCAAGAAGGGUGGUUACAAGGGAAAGCGUUAG